AUGAGGAGGGAUGAACGUUCGUCCGCGUGGCGCCUGCUUACGAGCGCUCAGCUCCGGCUCGGCGGCUGGGGCGCCUGCGGAACUCAGCAGUCAUCAGGAGAGGAUCAGGUCGUCGCCGUGCACAGCCGCCGUGUGUUUGUGUUCAAUAUAAAAAUGCCAUCCACUGUACGAGCAAAGUUGAUUAAUGAUUUGAUAGAUAUCGAGAAGAUAUCUUUUUGCGUAAAUUGUGAUGGCAACGGGAAGAUAAUUGUCGAACAUUGUACAAACUGUUAUGGUUUAGGCAAAGUCCAAGUUGAACGAAGUAUAAAAGUAGACAUACCGGGAGGUAUUGAGGAUGGUUCAGCCAUUCGACUUACUAAAGGAGGUAGUCUUGAUAAGCAAAGGGGUGUAACUGGUGACAUGUAUAUAUCCGUUCAUGUUGAAGAAGAACAGGGCAUCCACAGAGAAGUUUUAGGAACAACUGAAGAAGACACCAAAAAACAUCAGAUGCAGAACAAGAAGACAAGAAUGUCGCCAUCACUUGUCCAAUGUUAUUUCGGCCGUUGGUUGGGUCGACCUCACGAGCGAGAACACUUGGCCCAGCGCUGCCGUUGCCGCGCCACAACAAACAAACAAGCAGAGGAUUUGGAUCGCGCGGCCGGCAUGGCGCCGCUGGCCGCCUCCCUGCUCCUCCCCUCCCCCUCGCCGCCGUGCCAUCUCCUCCUCCGACGCUGCCCCGGCAGCCUCCGGCUGCUAGCGCCUCGGUCACCGCGAUUGCCUCUCCGUCGCCUCUCGCGUGACGGCGGCGGCAGCGAGUGCCUGUCUCGGCUCCGGCAUGUCCGGCCGCUCCGAGCCGUGCCCGUCAUCGCGCCCGGCGACCAGUGGGGCAACUGGGCGUUCCUCCUCUCCGCCGCGGCCUUCGGCACCUGGGCGGAGGAGCGGACGGCGUGGGGCGCGGCGCUGAGCGGGGCGCUGGUGAGCAUCCUGGCGGGGCUGGCGGCGUCGUCGGCGGGGCUGGUGGCGCCCGGCGCGCCCGCGCAGGCCGUCGUCAUGGAGUACCUGCUCCCCGUCGCCGUGCCGCUCCUGCUCCUCGGCGCCGACCUCCGCCGCGUCGUCCGCACCACCGGCGACCUCCUCAAGGCCUUCCUCAUCGGAUCAGUUGCAACUGUAAUCGGCACGACGGUGGCUUAUCUGCUGUUCCCGAUGAGGUCGCUCGGCCAGGACGGCUGGAAGAUCGCCGCCGCUCUCAUGGGGAGCUACAUUGGCGGAGCGGUGAAUUUCGUGGCGAUCUCGGAGGCGCUGGGCACGACGCCGUCGGUGGUGGCGGCCGGCGUGGCGGCGGACAACCUCAUCUCCGCGCUCUACUUCACGGCCCUCUUCGCGCUGGCGUCCAAGAUACCGCCGGAGCCCAAGAGCGCCUCCUCCCCGCAGGACGGCGCGGAGCCCCGGGGCAGCAUGUCGGUGCUGCACGGCGGCGCGGCGCUGGCGCUCUCGUUCGCGAUCUGCAGGGCCGGCACGGCGAUCGCGGCGGGGCUGGGCGUGGCCGCCGGCGGCACGCUGCCGUGCGUGACGGCGCUGGUGGUGGCCCUGGCGACGGCGUUCCCGGGCGCGCUGGGCCGGCUCGCGCCGUCGGGGGAGACCAUGGCGCUGAUCCUCAUGCAGGUGUUCUUCGCGGUGGUGGGCGCCAACGGCAGCGUGGUGGACGCGGUGACCAAGGCGCCCGCCGUGUUCGCGUUCGCGGCCGUGCAGGUGGCGGUGCACCUCGCCGUGGUGCUCGGAGUCGGGAGGCUGGCCGGGCUGGACAGGAAGCAGCUGCUCAUCGCGUCCAACGCCAACGUCGGCGGGCCGACCACGGCCGCCGCCAUGGCGACGGCGAAAGGGUGGGGCUCGCUCGUCGUGCCUGGCAUCCUCGUCGGCAUCUUCGGGAUCUCCAUCGCCACGUUCCUCGGCAUCGGCUUCGGCAUGUUCGUGCUCCGGAGAAUGUCCGGCUUCUAGCCAGUGGCUUUCUUUCUUUCUUCUUCGCCUGCUAGAGUAGAUUUUUUCGAGGCAAUCUGGAGUGUUUUUAACUCUUUUAUUUUUGACCGGCGAGUCAAACUUUUUUUUAGGAAAUGACAUCAUGCCUAAUUUUAUUUCA